CAAUUUAGCUAGUAGUUGCAGUAUGAUCAGCCGGUUAUGUCCGUUGUCUCGAACGGGGCUUCCGGGACUUGCAGCUUGUACAUCGAAUCUCCUGCAGCAAGCUUCUGUUCAUCAUCACUUGGAGCGGCAUGACCUACGGUUAUUUCUGGGAAUCAAACGAUCAAACAAGGCUAGAGCUAACAGAAAUACUCACAUAAACGAAAAGAUGUUCCGGAGAAUGCGUGGUCGGAAAACAGUCGUGAUAGAACUUCCUGAUGAUGAGGAACAACGCCGACGUGAGAAAAUGUCGCCAGCUGAGUUGAGGCUCGAACUGCUAAAGAAGGGAGUCAAUCCUUACAAAGAAGCUCAGCCAAGACCCUGGCAGGAAGCACAAAUCACGAUGUCUUCCUUUUAUGCUGUAAUUGACCCGUUCGUGACGCCUGAAAAAGGCGAAACUCUGCCUUUUCUUGGUGGCGGAGUGGACGGAUUGAAAUUGAAGAGUGAGGAAUUGAAGCAAAGAACGCUCCAUCGAUGGCAUAAUUGGAGAAAUGGGACAAGUAGAAUACGAAAGAAAGAAGGAUUCGAGAAAUUUGAUCCUAAGACUUUUGGUCCAACUGCUGAUGUAAUUUACGAAGAAGCACACAAAGCUUUGAUGAAGCGAGAUAAACCGACUCUACACAAAUGCAUCACAGAGCAUGCUUUUGCUAAGAUGUGGCCUGACGUAGAGCAUGGCUCAAUCGUUUGGGAGCUUGUGGAGAGAUUGGAACCUAGCACGGUAGUUUCCGUUCGCUGCGGUGACCAACCUUACAAGUCUGGAAACGACAUUGCUCAGCUAACCGUAAGAAUGCACACGAAACAGAAACUAGCCGUAUAUGAUCGCUUUGGUCAUCUCAUACUUGGCUCAGAGACGGAACCACGCGAAGUGAUUGAAUAUGUAGUCUUUGAAAACCACAUAGCUGUUGUGGAUGGAAUGUGGCGACUUCAUGACAAAGUUUAUCCUAGAUGGAUACCUCCAAAGCAGGGAACAAAUCUGACAUAUGAAUUAAGUGAAGGCGAGAAGUCUCGACCGGAGCAAGCAUCCAGCUUACCGCUACGUGUAGAAGAAAUGGAGAAAGAGCGAAGAGAAAAAGAAAAAAGUGGUAAAUCCGCCGAAGAUGCUUGAAGAUUUAUCGUCUAGAGUAUUUAUAUGUAGCUGAUAAAAUAGCAUAGAUUUAGUUAGGUACUGUUGAACUUUUAUUUGUAAUAUGUAUAUAGUUGUUGUUUUCCAUGUUUGUAUAGCGUCAAAGAAAUGAAAAUUUUGCUUC